GACCAAUCACAGCGGCCGUGGUGUGCAUUCUCAACUUGGAAAUCUUCUCGAGUCGAUUCCAAUUAGGACGACGACGGCAGAGGUUGUGCAGCACACACCCCCAACACGAGCGUAUGUGAGCCGACAACAACUCCCAAGGAUGCAGGCAGACGAAAUGGAGAGCUCCAUGGAGUCCCCCAACCUGGAGUUUGAGUACGGGGACAUGGACACGCUGCCAGCGGAGCUAUCAGAGCUCUACAGCUACACAGAGGAGCCGGAGUUCGCCCUCAACAAGGACUACUUUGAGGAGGACUUCAAGAGUCAAGUGCGCGGGCGGAGGUGGGUGGAGCUGAGCGUGGAGGAGCAGCGGGCCUACGUGAUGAGGCUGCUGGACGCCCUGGAGGUGACCGACCGCGACAAGAGGCUGAAGGUGGCCCGCGCCAUCCUCUACCUGGCCCAGGGUGUGUACGACGAGUGCGACUCAGACGUGGACGUCCUCUACUGGGCCAGACACAACGUCUUCCUGCUCUACCACAUGGGCGUGUUCACCGCCCUGCUGGAACUCCUCAACAUGGAGAUAGAUAACAGCCAGGCGUGCAGCAGUGCGGUGCGGAAACCUGCCAUCUCCCUCGCUGACAGCACAGAACUCCGUGUGUUGCUGAGCAUCAUGUAUCUGAUGGUGGAGAACAUUCGCGUUCAGACGGAGGACGACAGACCUGAGUGGAUCGCCGCCAGGGAGACCUUCAGGAUUGAGCUAGCCGCUCCCAUGUGCAACGGGGAGCCCUUUGCUCUACUCCUCUUCACCAUGGUUACCAAGUUCUGCAGCAUGAACGCCCCGCACUUCCCCAUGAAGAAGGUUCUGCUGCUGCUCUGGAAGACUGUACUGUUCACCCUGGGGGGCUUCGAGGAGCUCCAGGCCAUGAAGGUGCGCGGCCGGGAGCGGUUGCAGCUGCCCCCGCUGCCGGAGGACAGCAUCCGGGUGGUCCGCGCCAUGCGGGCGGCCUCCCCCCCCGCCUCGGCCAUGGAGCUCAUCGAGCAGCAGCAGCAGCAGAAGAGGGGCCGGCGCAGCCGCAGGAGUGCCUUUGUUGAUAGCUUGGAAGGCGACAGUCCCUUUGCCAAGAAGCAGCCCCUGGUGAAGCAGGACAGCCUGGACACCUACAACGAGCGGGACCCCUUCAAGAACGAGGAGGCCCGCGACGAAGACGAGGACCCCGAGGACUCGGACAGCGGCAUCGAGGGCGAGGUGGACCCCCUGGACCGCGACGUCAUCAUCCAGCCCCCGCCGCCCCCGCCCCCGCUGCGCCCCCCCACCGAGAGGCUCAACUUCCCCAAGGGCCUGCCCUGGGCGCCCAAAGUCCGGGAGAAAGACAUCGAGCACUUCCUGGAGACCAGUCGUAACAAGUUCAUCGGCUUCACCUUGGGAAACGACAUCGACACGUUGGUGGGUUUGCCCCGGCCAAUCCACGAGAGCGUCAAGACUCUCAAACAGCAUAAGUACGUGUCCAUCGCUGAGGUGCAGAUAAAGAGGGAACAGGAGCUCCAGAAGUGCCCAAUGACACUGGGGGAAGAGGAGGUGGAGGAGACCCCAGCAGAGAUCCUGUACCUGGGCAUGCUCCCCAACCUCUCCCAGUAUGUGAUCGCCCUGCUCAAGCUGCUGCUGGCAGCCGCCCCCACCUCCAAGGCCAAGACGGACUCCAUCAACAUCCUGGCUGACGUGCUUCCCGAGGAGAUGCCCAUCACGGUCCUGCAGAGCAUGAAGCUGGGCAUCGACGUGAACCGCCACAAGGAGAUCAUCGUGAAGGCCAUCUCCGCCCUCCUGAUCCUGCUGCUCAAACACUUCAAGCUCAACCACAUCUACCAGUUUGAGAUCGUCUCUCAGCACCUGGUGUUCGCCAACUGUAUCCCCCUCAUCCUCAAGUUCUUCAACCAGAACAUCAUGUCCUACAUCAGCGCUAAGAACAGUAUCUGUGUGCUGGACUUCCCCCACUGUGUAGUCCAUGAGCUGCCAGAGCUCACAGCAGAGAGCCUGGAAGCCGGAGACAACAACCAGUUCUGCUGGAGGAACCUGUUCUCGUGCAUCAACCUCCUCAGGAUCCUGAACAAGCUGACCAAGUGGAAGCACUCCAGGACCAUGAUGCUGGUGGUGUUCAAGUCGGCCCCCAUCCUGAAGAGGGCGCUGAAGGUGAAGCAGGCCAUGAUGCAGCUGUACGUGCUGAAGCUGCUGAAGAUCCAGACCAAGUACCUCGGCCGGCAGUGGAGGAAGAGCAACAUGAAGACCAUGUCGGCCAUCUACCAGAAGGUCCGCCACCGGCUCAACGACGACUGGGCCUACGGAAACGACAUCGACGCGCGGCCCUGGUACUUCCAGGUGGAGGAGUGCGACAUGCGCGAGAGCAUCGAGAAGUUCAACGGCCGGCGCUACGACCGCAGCCGCGGCGGGCCCGCCGGCGGGGAGUUCACGCCGGUGGACAACUGCCUGCAGAGCGUGCUGGGCCAGCGGGUGGAGCUGCCCGAGGACUUCCAGUACAGCUAUGAGCUGUGGCUGGAGAGGGAGGUGUUCUCCCAGCCCAUCCAGUGGGAGGGGCUGCUGGAGAGGCCCUGAUGGAGGAGGAGGAGGAGGAGCAGGAGGAGGAGGGGAGAGGGAGGUGUUCUCCCAGCCCAUCCAGUGGGAGGGGCUGCUGGAGAGGCCCUGAUGGAGGAGGAGGAGGAGGAGCAGGAGGAGGAGGGGAGAGGGAGGUGUUCUCCCAGCCCAUCCAGUGGGAGGGGCUGCUGGAGAGGCCCUGAUGGAGGAGGAGGAGGAGGAGGAGCAGGAGGAGGAGGGGAGAGGGAGGUGUUCUCCCAGCCCAUCCAGUGGGAGGGGCUGCUGGAGAGGCCCUGAUGGAGGAGGAGGAGGAGGAGGAGGGGAGAGGGAGGUCUAUUCCCAGCCCAUCCAGUGGGAGGGCUGGCUGGAGAGGCCCUGAUGGUGGUGGAGGAGGAGGAGGAGAAGGUGGAGGAGGAGCAGGAGGAGGAGGAAGAGGAAGGAGGUUUUGGUGGAGACAUAUGGGAGGGAGGAGGAAGCGGGAGAUUCUCUGCCAGUCCAUAGACUGGGAGAGUGGUGCUGAUGGUGGGGGAGGAGGGAUGGAGGAGGGGGUAAUGGGAGAGACAGAAGGAUGUGGAGGGUAGGUGUUAUUAUGAGAGCAGGAGAAAGAUUUGGGGGGGCGGUGAGUGAAGAUGAUGGGUGCAGGCAUUCUCCCAGUACGGGAGAGGGAGAGAGAGGGAGAGAGAGGGAGAGAGAGGGAGAGGGAGGGAGAGGGAGGGAGAGGGAGAGAGGGAGAGAGAGAGAGAGAGAGAGAGAGAGCGAGAGAGAGCGAGAGAGAGCGAGAGAGAGAGAGAGAGAGAGAGAGAGAGAGAGAGAGAGAGAGAGAGAGAGAGAGAGAGAGAGAGAGAGAGAGAGAGAGAGAGAGAGAGAGAGAGAGAGAGAGAGAGAGAGAGAGAGAGAGAGAGAGAGAGAGAGAGAGAGGACCUACUGAACACACACCAAGUUGGAUAAAGCUUGUGCCGACGACUACUUUGAGGACAGGUUGACCAGCGAAGAACGGAAAUGUUGUAGCAGCUAAGGAUCUGCAACAGUUACACACAAUAAUAUAAUAUAUAAUAAUAACCGUAAUCACAAAAGUAAUUUUCUUAAACGUUGAAGCUGACUUCAAACGACACAUACUUCCUUCUUGAUAUGUAGUUGGGUUUAUUUGUAUAACUGUGUGCGUGUGUGCUUUAAAGCGGUUUGAUUAAGCUGUUCAGUUUUUUGUAUUUAUUGACGUUUUUUUAUGACCGUUGAAUGGCGUCGUUUGUUUGUAAUGUGUUAUUUAUAUUCACUGCAGCCAUGGCAUUUUUUUGCUCCGAAUUCACUGAUGUGAAAGCUUUUCUUAAAUCUUUAUUAAAACAGGACUUCUUUGGGAACUCACCACUUAAGAUAGUUUUGAUAAACACAAAUAAGCUAAUAAUUGGACACACCCAAUAGAUAUAUACUGUAUAUACCACCAGUAAGUUUAUGUAUUUGAGGAUGAAUAGGUUAAAGGGGACCUAAACUACUCCUGAACAUAGGGGUAGGCUAGACAGAAUUCCUCCACCUUAUCAUAUUUUAUUUUGUACAUUACUAGCAUAAUACAAUAAUAUAUGUAUUCUAAUUCUGACAGCCUCGAUAGAGUUUAUUGUGCAAGCAUGGGACAUAAUUUUCAUGUUUUUGUAUAUGCAUAAAUAUAGAUUAUUGAUUUAUCUGCCCUAAAGUGAUUAUUGACUGAAAGAUGUCUGCUGGAAGGUACAGGAGUCUGUCUCGCCCCUUCCCCGGCCACUAUCUCGCUAUCCUGCUUACCGGUCGGCCUGGCAACGGCACGAUAACUUACCCAAGCUCCAAGUGGCCUUGGUGGGCAAUUAACCACCCCUCCCCCAAGCUGAGAAGAACACACUUUGUCAAACAAAAUGGUGCUGUUUGUGUUUUUAUGAAAUCUCUGAAAAGUCUUUACUGACUGAGAUUUUUACUCCUUUAAAAAACAACUCCAACCUACCUAAAUAAAGUGUUGAUGGUCAGAAUGUUUUUUCUCUAGUUUUCUAAUGUUUCUGGAAGUUUCGUCCACUGAAAUGCGUGAAUAAGCACAUACAAAAGAUCUAUGGUUUCCGUUUUGUAUCCUUGCUAAAGUCUAUUUGGUAGUUUCUCUCGGCUUGUUGGAAGAUUUGUCAAAUUUGUUUUAUAGAAUGGUUAUUUCUACAUUGAAUAUUGACUUGAGCUUCUGUGUAUGAACAAAAGUGCAUGGCUGCAUUUUAAUCUGUUCUUUGGAAUAGCUGUUGAAUAUCACACUUUUACAUUUACGGUUUUGUGUCUAACAAUGGUUCCAGCACAAUAAUACAUUUUAUAUUUUUUUUGCGUUGGAUGUGGAAUUAAGAGAAUUUUACCAGUGUCUGUUUCUCUCUGAAAGGCAAUAUCCUGGAAAAUAAUAAUAGAUAUUUUCUAGCUUCUCAGGUUAGCGGCGGUACGAUGAUAUAACGGUUUUUAAAAAGCUUCCUCGAUAUUCAAUAUCGGUUAUCCUUUCUCGUUGUAUACCUGGGAUCCACACACUCGUGUCCCUAGAUAACCGUUUGUUGGAUCAACUUCAGAUUGUAUUGUGUGAUACUCGCACAGGGUCAUAGAGACACUGGAUACCAUAUAUUGUUGAGUUUGUAGACUUAUACUUGUAAGUAUGUUACACCAACUUUAGUUUUUUUAAACGUGCCAAAUUUGAGUGCCAUAAUGGAUAGUUGUUUAUUUUUGUGUGUUUAAAGUACAGCCUCCAGUAGGCAGUGUUCAUCAUGGAGGCCUUGUUCAAAGGCUGUUCACAUCAAACGAAUAUUUGUGUUUCGCAAUACAAGAUCUUUUUAUUUUUUACUACCUGAAACUUGUACAAUCAUUACAAAUGUAGUUUUCUUGGUAUGGUGCUUGGAUGUUUUAAGCAUCAUAUUAAUAAGUGUGCAUUUAUUGUGUUUUUUUAAUUUGUUUUGCAGUUUCACAUAUACCAAGGUUAGCUUAAUACAGUGAAUAUGUUCAGGGUUAUGUGCAAUGACUGAUGAAUAAUAUAUGAUUACUCAGAAGGAAAAUAUCAGAGCUGCUUCAAUUAAAAAGGUUUGUCCAAAUUA